AUGGAAUUAAGUUUGUGUAGAAGGGGCCUUCAGAGUUUUGAUGCCACAACACUUCUGCUAGAGGCUACUGACAAACCUCAGCAAGGAAAGAAUGCACCAUUACGGGAAAACUACAUUCCUGUACGGGCCUUGGAUUUAUCACACAACAAUAUCACAUCUUUUGCAGGAAGAGAGGCGCUGUGGUGCCUAACAGUUCUAGAUCUCUCUAAUAAUUCACUGAACUCACUCGAUGCCACUAGUCUUCCAAGUUGUUUGGCACGCUUAAAAAUAUCAAAUAAUGAGUUACAAAGUUUGCGAGGUUUAGCGUCCGCCGUUCCAAAACUACAAGAGUUGGAUGUAAGUUUUAAUCGUAUUACGAGUUCAGGUAUAGGUGAUCUUCCCAAAACAUUAUCUACAUUGAUUUUACAGGGAAAUUUAAUAGAUUCUGUAAGUCCAUUACUUACGCUUCAACACCUUUCAAACCUUGAUUUAAGUUCUAAUCGUAUAGUUGAUAUAAAAGAACUUCGAAGGCUUGGAGUCUUACGAGCACUUCGCUAUCUUGAGCUUCAUGGAAACCCUGUGAUGGAGAAUUCUGAUACAGUUCCAUUACUCCUUGAGGCAGUACCAAAACUUAUUCGUUUAGAUCGAAAACCACUCUCUCAGGCAGGAGAGAAUCAAAUGUUCAAAGUAAAUCGAUCUAGAAGUGCAAAGAAGAACUCAGGUGAAUCACAACGGAAGAGAAUAAAUGAACCCCUUUCGCAUCGUUCAAGUACAGUCCGCCAGAGUAACAAGAGUGAUACAGAUAUGGAAACACGUUUGUUGGAAGUUAGGGUAAAAGAACUCACGCGGCUUGUUAUGAGUGCGGAAAAAGCAGAACAACAAUUACGUUAUCAGAAAAAGAUUUUACAAGAACAAAUAUCGGCUUGUGCAGGUGUUAUAGAAUCCCAGGCGAUGGAGUUGGAACGCCUGGAGAGUAAAAUAAAUGAGUUGAAGAGUGAAGAGACGGCUCUAAAAGAGCCUGCAGCUGAACUGGAACAGACAUUCGAACAGACUCACGCAUCCCUUGUGGCCCAUAGAUUGAACCAGUCCUCUGCCUGUCUCUAA